GCGGCAAACACUGCUAGCCUCAGGCUCCUCAGGCUCUCCGGCCUCCCAGGCAGUAAAUCACGGGCGACCACCCCACCCCGCGUCAAACUACUGACGGACGACACACUCGUGCUCUCAGCUUCUUAUUCCUGACUUCUCUCAGGCCCGGCUGCCACUGUCGCUUCAUCGAGAAAACCCGUCCUGGCCUAUUCUGACCCUUUCCUUUUCUUUUCCACACAGUCAGGUUACAACUUGUCUACGCGCCAUGUCCUACUACCCGCCUCCAGGCCCGCCCCAGUAUGGCGGGUAUCCGCCGCAAGCUCAGUAUCCGCCUCAAAACAACUACGGUCAUCCUCCGCCACAAGGGUACCCUCCCCCGCAGAACUAUGGUGGCUACCCAGGCCAGGGUCAGCAACACUACCAUUCUCCUCCGGCUCCCAACGGGGGAUAUGGCUAUCAUCACACUCCCUCGCCCCAGCCGUACAAUGGCGGGUACGAUCGACCACCCCCUCAAGCGCCUGGGUAUGGCGGCCCGCCUCCAUCACACUCUCCUCAUCCGUCUCAUGGCCCUGGAUAUGGACGACAAGCUCAUCCGUCUGGAUACGGCCAGCCCCCUCCUCCACCCACCGGGGGGGUUUCUUUCGGCCAUGGCGCUCCUCAAGGAUAUCAAUUUCAAUACUCCAAAUGUACCGGUAGAAGGAAAGCCCUGUUAAUCGGAAUUAAUUAUUUCAACCAGAAGGGCCAGUUGCGUGGAUGCAUCAAUGAUGUGAAGAACAUGUCAUCCUAUUUGAACCAGAGCUUUGGCUAUGCUCGAGAAGACAUGGUCCUUCUCACAGAUGACCAACAAAACCCAAUGAGUCAACCGACAAAGGCCAACAUUCUCCGAGCAAUGCACUGGUUAGUCAAGGAUGCUGAACCAAACGACUCUCUGUUCUUCCACUAUUCUGGACAUGGCGGCCAAACACCUGAUUUAGAUGGAGACGAAGAUGAUGGCUAUGACGAGGUCAUCUACCCCGUUGAUUUCCGAUCGGCUGGACACAUCGUGGACGACGAAAUGCACCGUAUCAUGGUUCAACCUCUCAGACCCGGCGUUCGACUGACUGCUAUUUUUGACUCCUGCCACUCUGGCUCAGCUUUGGACCUUCCGUAUAUCUACUCCACCCAAGGAGUGCUCAAGGAGCCCAACCUUGCCAAGGAAGCUGGUCAAGGCUUGCUUGGUGUUGUAUCGGCCUAUGCUCGUGGGGACAUGGGCGGUAUGAUGUCGACUGCAAUGGGCUUCCUCAAGAAAGCAACCAACGGCAACGAGGCUUAUGAAAAGACUCGACAAACCAAAACCAGCCCCGCCGAUGUCAUCAUGUGGUCCGGAAGCAAAGACGAGCAGACUAGUCAAGAUGCAACCAUCAAUGGACAGGCUACUGGCGCCAUGUCGUGGGCCUUCAUCAAUGCUCUCAAGAAGAACCCUCACCAAAGCUACGUACAACUACUGAACAGCAUCCGUGAGGAACUUGCUACAAAGUAUACCCAGAAGCCUCAAUUGAGCUGCAGCCACCCAAUUGACACCAACAUUCUCUAUGUUAUGUAAAUAUGCUUGUUACGAGACAAAAAGCACUCCUUAAACUUGCUAGUGUGUUUAGUUCUGAUGAUACCGGUCUGUGUUAUGAUUAUGGGAUUUCCUUUGACCGAGUUUGGAUCCUGACGUUUUGCAUCAAUGGUACUUCUUUUUUCCUUUCUUUAAUUAAGUUCUGUUUAGUAUGCAAUUAAGUUAGGGACCUGGGGCAAAGGGUAGUGGUAAAUUAUGAU